AUGGGUGGCAAGAACGGCGUACCCGAACUUGUGUCGCUGAGCGUCUCAGCCUGGAGCCUAAAGGCUCGCUUCGCCUUGAAGUACCACUGUAUUAAGUACCGUACAACGCCGUACUUGCCGCUGUUUGGCGAGUUUAUGCUGCGGCUGCGGCUGUGGGAAUGGCGUCGCAAGCUGACAGUGCCCGUGAUGUUCACGCCAAACGACGGCGUGCUGAUGCAAUCGUACGACAUCGCGCAAUGGGCAGAUCGUCAUAGCGCCAGGCCAGAUGCCGUACGGUUGUUUCCUGAAGGCAAGGAGGCGGAAGUCAGCAGAUGGAACACGAAGAGUGACGUGGUCUUGUACUUCGGUCGGUCAUUACUUGUAGAGGCCACUUUGGCAGACAAGGCCGCGUUAAGGCAGUUGGUGCCUUCAGGACUUCGCUGGCUGGGUCCCCUGGGGCUGGUGUUGGUGACUGCCAUUGCCAGGAGGCUUCAGAACAAGUACCGGGCAGAGGCGAGCAGCACAUGCCUGGAUAAGGCGCUGGAGGUUCUUCGUGAGGCCCAGUCGGUGCUCCGGACCCAUGGGUCAGUGGGCGCUGACGGCGAGCGGCACUUGGUGGCAGGGGAGCUGAGCUACGCGGACUUUGCCAUGGCGGUAGCAGUGUCGGCGCUCAAGCCACUGGGACCGCCGUACGCCACGGGUGCCAGGCCGCAGAUCAAGGAACUGCAGCCGUACCAGGAGGAGUUUGCGGACCUGAUUGCCUGGCGCGAUGCGCUCUUUUCAAAGUACUUCCCUCUUGACACCCAGCAGCGGACGAAGAGCAAGGCCAACUAACCGAUGACCGAGGCGCAUGUAUGCAUACUUGUGUACAUAGCAUCCAUGCAUUCUGUAAUGCGGAACUUAUGCAUGCAUGAAUGAAUGCAUAUCGAGAGCUCUCAGUAUUUUUUUGUGUAGAUAUUGCAGUAGUACCACCCCAUUAAUGAGUGGUGGUUCAUUUCUGUUUUAUUGGUGGUGAUGAUGGCGAUGGUGAUGUUGGCACAGCGCAAACUUGCAAGUUGGGCACAGCACAACUUUAGGGAUGAGUGCACCAAGUGCAUCGCGAAGCAAAUGCUGGGAAGGCGCUCGCUGUAAAGGUGGAGGUGGAACAAGAUGGCUUAUUAGUCUUUUGGCAAGCCCGUCUGGGGCUGUGGGCUGGCAGGUUGUCCGCGAUGGAUGUUGUCCGCAUGUCUUAUAGGUCAAAGAUUCGUUUUUUGUUGCCUGUUUGCGAUCACAUCCGGUUCUCUGUGAUCACAAAUGUUCCGGCCUGACGAGUUUCAUGCUUUGAGGAACGGGACGUCUGUAAGUUGAGGAGUGCCUAA